CAGCGCUUCAACUUAUUCGGUACGUCUCUAUGUCCUCCGCAAAGAUAGUUUUUCAGUGCUGCGUGUCUGCCAAACUCUUAGUUGAAGAGGGUGGUUCAGAGACAACCAUCAACAAAGGUCUUAUAGCUUAUGUCGCUUUUUUAAAAGAUUGUUCUGAUGAAGUUUUGCAUAAAAUUGCCGAGACAAUUUGUACAGUUCGCCUGAUAUCUGACAGUAACGACAAACUCCGAUCUGUGAUUGAUAGUCCUUGUGACUUGUUGAUUGUUCCUCAGUUCUGUCUGUCUGGGAAACUAAAAGGUAAAUGUUUUCAGUAUCACACUGCUGUCCCAAAGGUGGCUGCUGAGUCACUUUAUUCCCGAUUAGUUAAAUCCUGUGAUACAUUUUUAAGAAGCAGUGCUACAUGGUUAUCCAAGUCAUGCAAACUUUCUUAUGGAACAUUCGGAAUUCGCCAGAUCUUAAGUAUAGAGACUAAUGGUCCUUUCACUCAUGUUGUUGAGCUGUAACUUGUAUGCCGUUUAAAAUGACCUGAUUCCCUGAAUUUCUACUUUUUGUAUUAUUCUUUUUUUUCGUGACAGAAUUUGGUUUUUAAAAAUUUGUGUUAACGUAAUAUGAUUGAAAUAACUUGCAAUGACAGACUUGGUAAGAAAGUACGCAUUAAGUGUAACCCAACCGACAAAGUUGGUGAUCUAAAAAAACUGAUUGCUGCUCAAACCGGAACUAACUGGGAGCGGAUUGUACUUAAAAAAUGGUACACUAUUUUUAAAGAUCAUAUAACACUACAGGACUACGAAAUCAAUGAUGGAAUGAACUUAGAACUGUACUAUCAAUGACUUGUGCUCAGAAUUUGUUCAUUUUUGUAAAUUUUAAAUACAAAUUUUUCACUAUUUA